AUGCCUUCACCCCACUGGGACAGAAUUUUGGUUGGUGUCACCUGUUGAGUAGUGACUGUGACCCUUUGGGUGCUGUGUGUUUGGCAGCUCCUCAGGUUCAAAGCAGUUAAUUUCUGUGAGUACCAUACUGAGACAGUUAACAUCUUUGAAAGCAAUAUAAAAAUUACUUUUGAACAGAUUAUAGCGGGAAAAUAUGGCCACUCCAAAAAGGAAUGUGCACCUGAUACUGUGAAUGGUAAUGCAUCAAUAGAAAUCCAGAUGUGCUCCAGAGAAAGGAAAAUUCCUACUUUAAAGCCUCCCCAAAUUCUGAAUUGUAAUGGAAAUCUGGACUCCUUAGCAUCACAGGCAAUCUUAAAUUACUAUUUAACAGUUUCAGUUUUUGCAAGUAACACUCAAAUCCUCAGCUCCAUGCCAGACCAACUGACCAGACAGAACAUCACUGCUGCUGCAAACAUCACAGGGCAGAUUAUGAAAAAGCCAAAUGUUUCAGAAGACUUUCAGGCAUCUGUGGCAGUAAUGGCUACAGUGAGUCAACUCUUGGAUGCCAAAACAGAAUGGAUCCACAAUAGUCUUGUCAAUGCUACAAGCAGCCUCAUGAAAGUAACGGAGGAAUUUUCUUUUACUGGUAACAUAUCACAGCCCAAUGUUGCAAUCCAGUCUGCCCCACUGAAAUUAAGCUCCUCUAUGAUUCUGUUUUUGGCACAGAGAAAUACAGCACUGGGAAAGUAUCAGUCAACAAAACUAGAAAUACAGGAAAAUGCUCCUGGGCUUAUUGGUGACCUCAGUACUGAAGUUCAGAUACUGUUCAACAUUUUAAGUUCAUCAGACAGUGGCAGAGUUGGAUUUGUCCUAUACCAAAAUGACAAAUUCUUCCAGUCCAGGGUUUAUCAGAGUCUCCACAGUUUGAUGGAGACAAAAAAGUCAUCUGUGGCAACAGAUGCACACCCAAGUCCCAAGCACACCCUGCAAACUGACAUCAGGAACUUGGGGUGGUAUAAUCACACCACUAAUUUUGCUGUUCUGAUGGCAUUUCAGAUAAAAUAUAAAUAUGCAAAGCCUUUGGAUUAUAUUUCUUAUAUUGUUGGAUUGUCCAUGGCUGGUCUGGUUAUUACCAUUUUGUUUCAAAUACUAGGUAAGAGGGACGACAUUAAACUGCAUGUAUUUUACACUAAGAAAACUCAAAAUGUAUCUUUAAAGUGGAUCUUAGUGAGACUCUGCUUUUCUAUGCUCAUUUUUAACAUCAUCUUCAUCUCUGAUAUUGAAAACCAAACUUCCAGAAAGUGAAGCAACGAUACCACCAGAUGCUACCAGCAAUGCCUUCCUUAUUAUGCCACCAGCCACCUUACCUCUGACACAGUGGAUCCUCCCACAGACUCCUGGUGCACAGUUGUGGCUGUCCUGCUGCACUAUUUCUUGUUGGCAACAUUCCUGUGGUCAGCACUCAGUUCUGCACUGUUGUACUUAUUGCUGCUCAGAGCCACGAAGCCACUGCCUGGACAUUUCCUCGUAACCAUGUCAGUAAUCGGAUGGGGAAUUCAUGCCAUAGUAGUUGCAGUAACACUUGCAGCUACUGACAGAGAAGGAAAAGCUCUAAACUACCAACAGAAAGAAUUUUGCUGGCUUGCAACAUAGGACCAAAAUCAGGACUUUAGUGUGUAAAAGCCCAUGUUGUGGUCAUUCCUCUUGCCAGUAGCACUCAUACUCCUGUUUAACCUCUUGAUCUUCAUCAGGAUCAAUAUCUCUGUGAUAUGGAAGAAGAUGAAUUUGAUAAGGAAUAAAAAGGAUUCGUUAAUGAAAAAUAUGAAUAUGAUUAGCACUAUCUCUAUAGUGGUAGUGCUCAGGAUCACCUGGAUGAUUGGCUACUUCAAGUUAAUAAGUAAUGAAAAAACAAGUCUUGCUUUCAGCUUUCAGUUUUGUGUUUUGAAUGCUACCCAGGAACUCCAUAUUUGUAUUCUGUUCACUUUCAGAAUACCGUUCUUCAAGAAAAAAGUUUCCAAAGUUCCUGUUUUCCAGGUACCACUGUACCUGCAUUAAAAGACAUAAAAUGCUUCAAAAUCACAGCCUGAAAAACAUUCACUGGAAACUUUCAGAUCAACCCAGACUUUUUCAGAUAAUAUUUCCUUGUCUACCUUCCCUAACCGGAAUGAGAAACCUGCAAAUAUGUGA